AUGUCUACAAGAUCGAUCCUUUUACCUUUUUUUCUCCUACUCAUCUUCGUCUCAGGAUCUCAAGCAGGUCGUCAACUCUGGGAGGGAUUUGGCGAAAUGUUCCAUAAACUUCAUGGGACAUUCGGAGGAUUCAACCAUGGAGAUAUGAUGAAUGGGACACAUACAUGCUCCACGGAAGGAGCUUGUAGCGGUAAGAAGCUAACGUGUCCAGAGAAUUGCUUCAAAUCAUCUAACGUUGAAAAGGAGGGUUACAAAAGCACCAGCAGGAGCGGAGGAUGUUCAUAUGACUGUAACAAGUGUACUGCGUCUUGUUCUACUUAA